UGUCAGCCGUGGACCGAAGAAAUCGGUCGAAUACACGAAGAUGGCUGCUGCCACUGAAUUAUUAAAUACUCUCGCCGAAACAGCGAUUUUUCGAAAGAAAAUGUAGAAUUAUCCGGGUUGCGACGCGUUUCAGGUAAUAAUUAAUCUGUUCUCAGUGAGUUUAGUUAAUGUCCGCGAUCUGUUUGACUGGUGUUGCUCGCGAGAAUCCGUGGGCGGUUACGAGGAGACGGUUCCAACGUCAGCUCACUCUAACUUGACAUUUUGACAGCCGACAGACGUAAAUAUUGAGCCGAACCAUCGUCGAAAGACAGUGUCACCGAUUGGAGAGGCGAGAAUUCUCGUGACGUCUCGUGACACGAACACGAACAGAUUGAUUCGGUCGUGUUCAAUGAACCAAAUAACUUGGUAUUCUCGACGAGUCGUCUCCCAGCACGACGCGUGCCAUUUUCAAAUGUUACACGUUUGCUCGAUAUGUUAACAUCUCGAGUCUCGAGUGACAGCACGAUCGCCGAUCUAAUGUGUCGGAAGACCGUUCGUUAAAGUUUUGUUGCUUUUCGCAGCAAUCAUCUCCUUGACGAAAUCCACCGAUCGUUUUCUAAAAGAUAUCUGUUACAUAGUGGUGUACGAUACCGAGUAUUUCGAUCAUUUUGAAUCGUACACUUGUGACAACAUACAUUUUCGUUUCUCUCUACCUGUACAUCGCCUCGAUGCGUUUCUUCGCGAAUUAUCAGUUUCCCGUGUUGUUUACAAUUCGUCUCGACCGUACAAAAUCAGUGCGAUAUUAUUGAACAAGCAAUUCAUAGUGUUAUGGAUUCCCGUUCUAUGCAUCUUACGCGCGUGUUUAUAUAAUUUGUAAUGUCGGAAAUGAUCCUGAAUCGCUGUAAUUUAACGUAUUCUAUCAUGAGUUCAGCACUUGGCAAAUAUUUCUUGAAUACCACAUAAAAGGUAUUUCAAAUUGUUGUUCCUUACCGAACUUCACAAAUCUUGUCAGUGCAUUGAAAAUGUAGAUUUAACUUUGUGAAAAAAGUAAAAUGUAACAAUUGUAAUUUAUGCAAUAUCCAUCAUGAUGGAUAAUCAAAUUCUAAGUAUGAACAUAAUGCGUAAAUUACGGGCGGCUACCAGUGUUGGAGGCAUGAGUUCCAGCAGUACAAGUGGUUUAGACGACUGUGUGGGGACCACAAAUCCCCAGCACACUGCUCUAGGUCUCAUGCAUCUUAAGAAACUUUUUUCCGAGUAUACCCAUCCUGCACAUCCCCUCUCAGAUGCUGAACGUGAUGACAAGCUGUACAAUAUGUUGCCAUUAUUUUGCAAAGUAUUUGGAUCUAGUCCUGCAGGAGACAUGAGUGAGAAGUUUUGGGAUAUCUUGGCAUUUACGCAGCAAGUGUCUAGAUUAAUGGUAUCUGAAAUCAGGACAAGGGCAAGCAAUCAGAGUACAGAGACAGCAAGUUGUGCCAUUGUAAAAUUUUUAGAAAUUGAGAAUAGCGAAGAAUCAAGUAAUGGUUGGAUGUUGUUGUCUGCAUUAAAUUUACUUGCAGCUGGUGAUACUUCUCUAAUACAGGCAAUGACUACCGCUUCUGUGCCCUCAACACUGGUGAAAUGCCUGUAUUUAUUUUUUGAUUUACCCGAAAUGAUAGAUGACGAAGCUGAUCUUACAGAUGCAAAUAGCGAAUUUACUCCAAAGCAACGUAGGAUACUAUUACAAAAAAUAUUUGUGCAAUUAUUGGUGAGAUUAUGCAGUCAUCCUUACCCAGCGGAAGAACUAGCUCGCAAAGAUGAUCUUACCUUAUUAUUCUCAGCAAUAACUAGUUGGUGCCCUCACUAUAAUGUGAUGUGGCGUAAAAGCGCAGCAGAAGUAUUAAUGACUUUGUCUCGUCAUGGACUUACCCAAAAUGUAGUGAGUUACAUUCAUAAGAAAGGGUGUAUAGCACAUUGUGUUGAUAAUAUGCAACGUGUACCUGAGCUGGCACCAUUGGAAGUAGUAGAAAUGUUUGUCACAGUAUUUUGUUUUUUAAAAGACUCUAGCGAAGUCUCGCAGACUCUCCUAGAUGAUUUUCGCGCUUGUCAAGGAUAUAUCUUCCUAUCAGAAUUUUUAUUAAAACAUGCUCCAUCGAGAUUGGAGCAAGACAGUAGAGCAGAAGCACAAGAUGCUAUACGAAACUUGGUUCUGAUGUUGGCAUCUUUAACCAUGUGUGGACAUACUGAAUUGAAACCUAGUCAAGCUAGUAUGGGAUCUUUAUUUCAAAUGCUUGGCUUCACCUUACCACAACCUAGUAACAGAGGCGGAAGUGUUCGAAAUAUCCAAGCAUUUCAAGUAUUACAAUCAGUCUUUGUGAAGUCUAACUCAUCUCUUUUAUGUUGCACGAUUCUUGACGCAAUAUCUAGCGUGUAUCACAGUGAUAAUGCCAAUUAUUUUAUACUCGAAGGGCAGAACACAUUGUCUCAAUUUGCAGAAAAGAUUCAUUUAAAAAACCGGGAAAUACAGGAGAAGUUCUUUCAGCUAUUGGAAUUUAUAGUGUUUCAACUUAAUUUCGUGCCUUGUAAAGAACUUAUAUCUUUAUCUAUACUACUCAAAACAAAUAAUUCAACUAGCUGCAGUAUAUUAUGUAUGGAAACCCUGCUUAACAUAUUGAGGCACAACAGUAUAUUUAAGGAUGUGUACCGAGAAGUAGGUAUGUUAGAAGUAUUUGUUACGUGUCUUCACCGCUAUGCAACAUUACUUAAAGACAAACAAGCUGCAUACAAUCAAGGAUCAGAAUACAAAAUAUGCCCAGAGGAUGAACGAUUGGGUGCCUUAGUAAUGGAAGCCUUGACGACAUUAUUAGCAGCCAAUGUUCAAAAUGCUAAUGUCUUCAGAGAAUGUGGUGGUGCACGUUGUGCUCACAAUCUUGUACCAUACAUGGACUGUCGGUACCAAGCACUUGGUAUUGUUAGGGAAUUGAUACUUAGCGCAGGGGGUGAUGAUGACAUGGCUACAUUAUUGGGUGUUAUGCAUUCAGCACCUUCUAAUGCUUUAAUUUUGAAGACACACAUACUGAAAUCUUUAUUGGCGUGUUUACGGGAAUCUCACCGAACCAGGACCGUUUUCCGUAAAGUGGGAGGUUUCGUCUAUGUAAUGUCUGUUUUAGUGUCUCUGGAGGCUCAGUUGGGCACGCAAAGGGUGGAGGGCACCGAGCCCUGUAAUGAUAUAAUAAAAAGAACACCGCAGGAAGAAGCACAAUUGUUAACGCUCUUGCACGUUGUAUUUCACACAAUAAGUACAGCUAUGAGAUUCGAGCCGGCAAAUGCGAAAUUUUUUCAUCACGAGAUAUGCCAGUCGAGUUUAUGUGAUACUUUGCGGCUUCUCGGUUGUUUCUCCACGCAAACGAAGCUUAUGGAGAUUGACCUGAUACCGACUACAAAUUAUCAUAAUAUGUUGUUAACGUUAUUCACUGGAAGCGUGUUGGAACCUGUGUUUCCAGAUCCCAUGCCGAAGACAUUAGCAUACGCGUGUUUAUUGCUACGACUUUUGUACGAUGUAGCACUGGACUCGUUCGACAAGCCAAAUUUGGCAGGCUUAGGCAUGAGGUCGCCAAGUCAUAAACAAAAUAGCGUUGAGCAACAAAAAUCGUUUGACUCUCCUGGAAGCGGAAAGAGGAGCGUCUUAAACUCAUUAAACCUAAAUCCUCCUACUCCAGAGCCAAUAGUAGUUCAUCCCGGUAUAGUUGUUGGGAUGUUGCACUUGCUUCCAUCGAUUUCGGAGGCGUCGAAUACUCAAAUGGCUUUAGCUUUGCAAUUGUACGUGGCUGAAAUCAUUAAAAGCUUGGUACGCUCGGAGAGGAAUCAACAGAUAAUGUGCGACGCUGGAAUGGCGGGCGAAUUAUUGUCUGUAGGCAGAAUUGCUUUGCAGGAUGAGACACAUCCUUUACAUCAACCGCUACAAUACAUCAUAGAAAGAUUAGCAGCACAAUCUCUAGAACCACGAGAUUUGAGAGAGUUCUUGCGAUUAGGCGAUCCAUUGUGUUGCAACUCACUCGAUGAGAUUGAACCAAAUAAACCUAGGGGAGGUCCUGUACCGCUGACACGUAUCAAGACUUUAGUAUCAAUGACAACGCCAAAGGACUUUCGAGCACAUGGUUCAUGCACUCUGCCACCUUUCGUAGAACUCGAUAUGAGCGCAGAAGGAUUUGCUUGUUUGUACUUACCAAGCGUUGCACCGCAGAGUACAACCCCACCUACGGUGGUGGCUGCUGAUAGCAGUGUACUCGGCGGAAUUGGUUCAGGGGACAGACUAUUUCCUCCGCAGACCGGGCUCACUUACAGUACCUGGAUAUGCGUUGAUAAAUUCAGCGAUCCUAGAACCGACCCCCAUUGCGUACGAUUAUUGACGUUAGUUCGAAUUCCGCAAUCAGCAAGAGAUCUGAUUUGUCUGACUGCAGUCCUUAGUGCUAGAGAUAAAGCUAUUAUUGUAUCAACACAGGAAACACCAAUGUCGCAAACUCGCUUAGACGUAGGCGAAUGGGAACCAGAAGGCACCGGUGAGUGCGGGGCAAGAGUUUGGUGUCCUGAUUUGCUCCAUGAAGGACAAUGGCAUCAUAUAGCCAUAGUACUGAACCGUGCUGUAUUAAAAAACUCGAGCUUUUCGUUAUAUCUGGAUGGUCAACAUAUUCACAGUCAAAAGCUUCAUUACAUCACGCAAGUUCCUGGAGGAGGAGUAGCUAAUUUGACUGUAGCAUCACCGGUUUAUGGAUACAUAGGUACACCGCCUUGUUGGCGACGAUAUUCCCGAUUAGCCUGGAAGCAAGGGCCGUGUCACUUGGUGGAAGAGGUCUUUAAUUCACAGAGCAUAGCAACGCUGUUUAAAUUGGGACCGCAUUAUAUGGGCAGUCUACAAUCUCCGCAAUUAUCAGCACAAGAACCUUUGACGCCUCUCGUUGCGGAAGAGAAAGUUGUGUUUGGAUUGAAUGCUAAAGCGAUGUCGCAAUUAACGUUAGCUAAAAUUAGAAAAGUCUACAGUCGGGCCGAUAAUAAAUCAAUUGCUAAACAGCUUGGGAUGUCGUCACACGAAAAUGCUACGCCAAUUAGAGUCCUUCAUAAUUCUUCAGGACACCUUAGUGGUCCAGCAAGGGCGCUAGGAGGCGUGGUUGUUGGUUACCUUGGCGUUCGAGUUUUUAGUCCUCGACCUGUGGCUACAAUGAUCGACAAUGUCGGAGGAUGUUCCGUAUUGCUAGGUCUAAUAGCCAUGGCUCAAGACGUCGAAUCCCUGUACGCUGCCGUUAAAGCAUUAGUUUGCGUUGUAAGAUCGAAUCAGGCAGCUCAGCAGGAAAUGGAUCGUCGAAGAGGCUAUCAAACUUUGGCAAUGCUGCUACGGAGAAAAUGCCCUCUUUUAAACAGUCAUAUUUUACACUUGACAUUCAGUCUUGUAGGCACGGUUGACAGUGGCAGGGAGACGAGCGCGAUACCGAAUGUUACAGCAUUUCAAGAUCUCCUUUGUGAUUUACAAGUUUGGCACGAAGCACCAGGAGAACUAUUAAGAUCGCUCUUAGAACAUUUGUAUGAAUUGAUAGCAGAGUCGAGCGAGAAGAGGACAAAUUUACGUUUGAUGAGGGAUUUGCAAUUAGUGCAUAAAUUGUUGCACAUCUUAAGCGACGUCAAACAAAGUACCACGCGACAGAUUUUGCUCGCGUUACUUAGCAUUUUAUUGAGUCAGCCUAGACAAGCUGAUUUGCUUUGGUUUGGUCAAUUCAUUGUGGCUACAUUACCCCAGAGUUCGGAGAAGCAUUUAAUUCUUCGAGAAAGCGAAGGUAAUAAAGAAGGAGAGGGAGAGCAUAUACUUCUGCGAAACCGUUGCUUGCAGCUCUUACAUUCUUUGUUGUUUAAUGGACCCAAAGUGAAUGUAAAUAUGUGUGAAGAACUAUCUAAAGUAUUAGGCCUAGAUUGGAUAUUACUGUUUCUUCAAUCUGGUCUUCACAGUACAACAGUGAUAUGGGGAUUGCGAAUAUUGGUAGCCGUCUGUUCAGUGCAACCAAUAUUACAGAAAUUUAAAGAAGGAACCAGCAAUGGUGGUUGGCUACGACACACGGACCAUAAUAAAAUGGCACUCGCACUUGGUUGUCAUCAGCAAAUGUCGGGUGGUGAGACUAAACCAUCUAGUCUUCAUGUACCAGGAUUUCAACAUUUAGGAUGGCUAUUGCCACAGCAUGUGGACCUCGUACCAGAAUUAUAUUUCCUCUUUAUCGCCCUCAUGAUGGGACAACCUGUUAAAUUAUUGCCUACCGAUUCAAAAGUCAUUUUAAAACUUGACUUGGAUAACGUGUGGAACUUCUUGUUCGGUGUACCAGCAAAUCACACGCUAUCAUCUUUUGCGAGUAGAAUUAAUCUCUGCCCUGAAGCUGUAGUCACUCUGCUGGCCAUGGUGCGAACAAUGCUUAAUAACUACUCAAUUAAUCCUGAAUCUCUGCCUGACUGGUUAAGUGACUAUCCAGUGACAAUAAUACAGUUCCUGUUCUUCCUGUAUCACAACUUCACAGACUUCAUGCAAGUGUUCAUGUCGGCGGAAGUGCUGGGCGCGUUGGCUGGCGCAUUGUUCCCAAAACCUACGAGUUCUAGCCAAGAUAGUAGCGGAGCUAGUACUCCGGCAGACGAGCAAGAACCAGUAUUAGUGAGAUCUCCGUCAAAGGACGUCGGUUUAACAAAUCACCCAGCAAAGAAAUUCGUCAUGGACUUCUUGAGGGUCAUUGUGGUAGACUCCCUUUCUCUACCAGUCACUGCAAAGUCUCCGCCAGCCAUCGAUUUGGUUUUGGAAGCGUGGCCAGAGCAUGCGUCCACUGGUCAACAGACGCGUUAUCAAACGGAAGUUCUGUCUAUCCUAAUGGAACACCUGUUGGCUGCGGACGUUCUGAUUGGAGAGCAAGCAGCGUUACCAGUAGUUCCAGGGGGUUCAGUCAAUAAUAUCACUAACAAUGUGUGCUAUGUCGCCGCCAGAAUAGUAGACAAACUAUGGCAAGGUGCUCUGACGAAAGAUCCCCACGAGGUAUUCGAUUUUAUUGUGAAAUUAAUUGGACAAGCUAAGAGGCGGCCUGGUGCCGUUAACAUGGAAGGUUUGCAUCAUUGUUUGAACAGAACGAUUCUGUUCCUGUUAUCCCGAUCAACGGACUCAAUUGCUGAUCAAAUGGCUGUGUUGGAAGCGUUGCACAAACUCACAACGCAUAGACUGUUGGUCUUUGGCGCUGGUAAUCACGAAUUGGAAUUUAUUGGUUGCUUGACUUACUGUCUUUUACAACUUACGGCUGACGUAAAGAUCAUGCUAGACACAAACUUCAAGACCACGUGGCAUUUGAAUCCGCAAGUUGAAGCCAGCGACGACAGACUAACGUCGCAUCAGGGACACAACUUGAUGGCUGUCGCUGCGAUGAGAGUUUGGGAAGAGUUAUACGUAUGUAAGAAACCUGCCAUAGAAGAAGUUUUUAAAAUAACACUUCCAGCGCCUGUAGGACACGAGCGUGUACCGGAACUGUCUCUGGUAAGGGAUCAGCUGAACGAAGCUGCCACCAGGCUUUGGAUGAAUUACGUUGUUAUGGAAAGGAAAGCUUCGUACAGGGUGCCUUGGGAACUGCACAAUCAGAUACAGUCGAAAAUUCAAAAGGUCACUGGAGGCUUAACGAGACUGGCAAGCAGAACGAAAGUGAGGAAAGAGGAGUCUGUGCGUGUUAGAUUGCGUUUGCACCAAAAUACUGUCGCGCAAUGGACAGAGCAACACGUUGCACUAGUACGCGAAUUGGCUGCGGCGAAGAGAUUGCAAUAUAUACAAACCAAUCAGCAUACUCAAAGAUAUGUCUACCAAGAAUGGCUGCAAACGGAGACUGAAUUAACUAGGGAACGCGGUCUAUGGGGUCCACCUACAGCCACUAGGCUGGAUAAAUGGAUGUUAGACAUGACUGAGGGCCCAUGCAGAAUGCGGAAGAAGAUGAUGAAGAACGAGCUGUUUUACAUACAUUAUCCUUACCGACCUGAAUUAGAGCAUCCCGAUAACAAACAAUUGAAGUACAAAGUUGCGACGAGCACGGACAGCAAAGAGUAUUACUUGAAACAACUUGGCAAUUCUUCGGGUAUGUUUGAACGUGAACGAGAUCCUGUUAUCGAUGACACCCCGUUGAACGUUAAUGAGGCUUCCACGGAAAGCGAACCUCCCAUGGUGCCCUGCACAUUAGAACGUCACGCCAGUGAACCCGACGAAGUGACAGAAGAUAACGAACAGGAGGAGGAAAAUAAUCAGACUGUUCCAGACAAUCAAACUUUGAUACGACUAUUAGAGGAACACGAAAAGAUAAGUCACAUGUUCAGGUGCGCUAGGAUUCAAGGUUUAGACACAACGGAAGGUCUAUUACUGUUUGGAAAAGAACACUUCUAUGUGAUUGACGGAUUUACACUAUUGAAAUCCAGAGAAAUUAGAGACAUCGAGAGUUUGCCAGAAGCUUAUGAACCUAUCUUGCCCUCACCUGGGUCUCCUAGAAGGUCUAGAGCGAUGAGGCAGUGCUCGAAGUUCAAUUAUGAAGAUAUUAGGGAGGUACAUAAAAGAAGAUACUUGUUGCAACCGAUGGCACUAGAAGUGUUUAGCGGGGACGGUAGGAACUAUUUGUUAGCUUUCCCACUUAAAGUGAGGAAUAAGGUCUAUCAGAGAUUUAUGACAUUCGCAACAGCAAUAGCUGAUAGUGCACAGCAAUCAGUGGCUGGUCAAAGGAGAACUGCUAACGUGGAACAGGCUACAGGCCUACUUUCAAAUCUAAUCGGUGAAACCUCGGUUACCCAACGAUGGGUGAGGGGUGAAAUAUCGAAUUUCCAAUACUUGAUGCAUCUGAACACUUUGGCUGGUCGCAGUUAUAACGAUUUGAUGCAGUAUCCAAUAUUUCCAUGGAUAUUGGCCGACUAUGAUAGCGAAGAAUUGGACUUGACUGAUCCAGUGACGUUUAGGGACUUCGGUAAACCCAUGGGCGCGCAGAGCCCAGAACGAUUACUGCAGUUCAAGAAAAGAUAUAAAGAAUGGGAUGAUCCGCACGGUGAAACUCCGCCUUAUCAUUAUGGAACACAUUACUCUUCCGCCAUGAUAGUAUGUUCCUAUUUGGUGAGGAUGGAACCUUUUACACAACAUUUUCUCAGGCUACAGGGUGGACAUUUUGAUUUGGCAGACAGAAUGUUUAAUAGCAUAAAGGAGGCUUGGCUAUCCGCUUCUAAACAUAACAUGGCGGAUGUAAAAGAGCUUAUACCAGAAUUCUUCUAUCUCCCAGAAUUUCUUGUUAAUUCGAAUCAUUUUGACUUAGGUUCUAAACAAAGUGGUGUACAAUUGGGAGAUAUUGUACUUCCACCAUGGGCUAAGCAGGAUCCCCGGGAAUUCAUACGUGUGCAUCGACUUGCACUGGAAUGCGAUUAUGUGUCACAACAUUUGCAUCAAUGGAUCGAUUUAAUAUUUGGUUGCAAACAAAAUGGUCCCGCUGCGGUUGAAGCAGUGAACGUGUUCCAUCACUUAUUCUACGAAGGCAACGUUGACAUUUACAAUAUCGAUGAUCCCCUGAAAAAGAACGCAACAAUUGGAUUCAUCAACAAUUUUGGUCAGAUACCGAAGCAAUUGUUCAAAAAACCGCAUCCGGCUAAAAAGAUGACUCAGCGAACCAGUGUCAUUGAUCCUGGACCAAUUACUCCAGGCUUAAGUAUCACCACAUCCGAUAAAUUGUUCUUCCACAACCUUGACAAUUUGAAACCAUCGUUGCAGCCUAUCAAAGAAUUGAAAGGCCCUGUCGGCCAAAUACUCCACGUGGACAAAGCAGUGUUGGCUGUCGAACAAAACAAGACGCUGAUUCCGCCGUCGUACAACAAAUACGUUGCAUGGGGUUUUGCAGAUCACUCGCUCAGAAUAGGGAAUUAUGAUAGCGACAAAGCGAUGUUCGUUUGCGAGGCCAUGAUGCAGAGCAGCGGGGAGAUAGUUGCUUGUGUUUGUCCGUCUUCCAAACUGAUAGUAACCGCUGGCACAAGCUCCGUUGUAACCGUUUGGGAGUAUACCAAGAGGCAACUGUCCAUUAAACAGUGUCUCUAUGGUCACACCGACGCUGUCACGUGUUUGUCAUCCAGCCCAGCUUACAACGUGAUAGUAUCGGGAUCUCGAGACGGUACGGCGAUUAUAUGGGACUUGUCUCGGUGCUUGUUUGUCCGUCAAUUAAGAGGACACGCGGGUCCCGUGGCUGCGGUAGCUAUAAACGAAUUAACAGGAGACAUAGCAACUUGUGCAGCCACAUGGCUACACGUGUGGAGCAUAAACGGCGAGGAAUUAGCUAGUGUGAACACAUGUGUUGGCAGAGCUGAUAGAAUGCAACAAAUUUUAUGCGUAGCUUUUAGCCAGACACAUGAAUGGGACUCGCAGAAUGUUAUAAUGACAGGUUCGACAGACGGUGUAGCUCGUAUGUGGUCAAUGGAUUACGUGCAAGUGCCUGCAGAGGAGGAUAAGCCAGAGGAAGUCACUGCUACCAAAGAAAAGAACACAAAGUCCAGCAAGGCUGAGAAUCAAAGUGAAAGUACCAAGAAACGAGUACACGAACUGGUUAAGCAAAUGAGUAUAUCUCAGGAAGGUUCAGGUAUGCUCGCGAAAAGUGGAUCAGAAAGUAGUCUCUCAGAGGCAGAAACAUCGAAAGAAGCUUUGAGAUUGCACGAGGAGAAGGAAGAAUGCUCGGACAACGAGUCGAGCAAUGGUUCUAGCAACAAACCAUCGCCACAGAAUAACAGCACACAUACUGUCGUUCUCCGAAGAAAAAGUCGCGGAAAUCCUAUGUUUAGAAAGAGCGAGGGUGGAGGUCGUGCAGACAGUGAGGGUACACAAACUAGCGAAUUAUCUAGCACUACUGGAGGGGAUUCUGAGGGCGCCCUGCGAGCCAGUAAAAGCGAUACAAGCUUGACGGACAGCUUUGUGAUGGUCACAGAAGCUGACACUAAGCCUAAGAGGAUUAAUCCACAGAACGUCUUAAGAGAUGGUUUCAAGUGGCAGCGGCAAUUAGUGUUUAGAAGUAAAUUAACAAUGCACACUGCAUAUGAUCGGAAGGACAACGCAGAACCGGCGUCUAUAACGGCCCUCGCAGUUUCGAGAGAUCACAGAACAGUGUACGUAGGAGACACAAGAGGAAGGGUGUUUUCGUGGAGCGUGUGCGAGCAACCGGGUCGCACAGUUGCCGAUCACUGGCUAAAGGAUGAAGGCGCCGACUCUUGCGUUGGUUGCGGAGUUAGAUUUAAUCUGUACGAGAGAAGACACCACUGUCGCAAUUGUGGACAAGUGUUUUGUUCAAAAUGCAGCCGAUUCGAAUCGAAAAUCUCGAGGCUAGGAAUACUGAAGCCUGUUAGAGUGUGUCAGGGUUGUUAUUCGUCACUGCGCUCCCAGCUGUCCGCCGAGAGCAGCACCUAAUUUAGCGGUAUAUUCUACGGUUUCGUUUAAGUGACCGGAUCGAGGGUGGGUACAACUCGAAUGUACAUAAUCACGGGUAUCCUCUCCAUGUCUUUACCUGAACCUUUUCCCCAAGGUAAACCUGAACAUGCAUUUCGUUCCGUUCUCGCGUGAUAUAUCUUGGGCUCUCUUGCAUUUCGACCAACACAGGAAGAAACUCUGAUCGCUGCAUUUCAGUUUACGACGUCCGGUCCCCUUAUUUUUUUCUCUACGGUGAUUAUUUCUCUUUGUUGGUGAACCACUUGGUACAUCCCUGUCGAUCCUACGAAAUCACGUCCCUCUGCGUACUUCUGACUUAUGAUAGAAACCGUCACACACAAUAAUCUAGCAUAAUUCCUAUGGAAAAUCGGCCUGCUUUGCUUCAUCGACAGGUUUGUGGUAGUUGUCUACCCCAAAAAUUUACCAAACAUUGGGGAACCAAGUUAGAACAGUGCAAACGUGUUCUCUGUGUGUCUCUAAAUUUCGAUAAUUUUCUGGCGUUUCUCUGCGUUGCGUGUAUCUUGGUGUUCUAUAUGUCUGAGAGCAAUGUGUACAGUCUUUUUGUAUGUUGCAUACUCGAUACACCUAUAUAUUAUUAAUUUUUAAACAAAAAUUGAUAAAAGCUUCUGUGCACGUGAACGUGUGCGCAGCGAAAUUUAUUUAAGAUGCAAUCUGUGAUUACUUUCUUUCCUAUUUUAACAAAUUUAUGAUGAAUAAAUUUGCGUUGGUCAUUGACAAUUAUACAUACAUAUAGAGAAGAAUGUUAAUAGUAUUAGACAAUUGAUUUCCCUAUCAGAACGAUUACGGCGGUUCUCGUAUCUGACUGUAUUAGACGGUUAAUUGUUAAUAUUUAUUUUAAAUUAUAGUAGAAUAAUAUACAAAAUGUCAAUAUUGUUAAUGGAAAAAUAUAAGAUUGAAUAUUUAUCAGAUUUACCAACCAAAGAAGAAAUACAUAUAUGUAUACAUAUAUGUAUGUAUAUGUGUGUGUACACAUGAAAAAUAUACCGUGUAUUAUUUAUACUGCUCUUUUUAUAUUACGUUUUACUUGGAAUAGCUGUUCGAUAAAACGUUUGUUUCUUUCUUUACGGUAACGUGUCGUGUACAUAAUGCAAUAAUAAUACGCGGUGUAAUUGAUUCUAAGGAAUAUCGAAGGUAUAUAAUUUAUUAUUGCAUCGUGAAAUGGACAAGUCUUUUAUUUUUCCAUUUUGUAGAAUCGGCGGAAUUUCAACGGUUUAGAAAUGAAAAGGAAAAGAAAGAGCCAAGCAUAUAAUAUGGAUUACGAUUCCUGAAGGGAGGGACAUGCAAUUGCAGUGCACCGCGUUGUGAUCCGCUGCCUAUGCAGGUGUAAAACUCGUAACUUUAUAAUAGACAAUACCUUUAAUUACGUAAAAGUGUUAUGGCAUAACUGUAAGUUGGUUAAAACGAAACCAUAGACUCUAAAACCAGCAGUAAAAUACAGUAAGCAAUGUAAUAAAUGUGGAAUACACUCAUUUGUUCACAGAGUUGAUAUAUGCAUAUACAAGAUGUUCAACAACAUGUGAUAGACACUUCAGAAGGUGGUUCUACAAACUGAAAUAAAAUUUCAGCCUCGUUCUCAAAUUGUUAUCGUGUAGAUUAAUAAUUUGAGUACAAAGACUCAUGACUUAUCUUUGCAUGUAGAAUCACCGUUUAAAAUUACCUAUGCUGAAACACCUUGUAUACCUGUGUAUGUAUAUAUCGUGAACGUGUCUGUAAAAUUAAUUGUGAAGGCAGAAGUAAAAUUAAAACAAAAAUAUGCGCGUUCUUGGAACAAGUAUUUUAUAACAUUUUGAAACGACAAAGAAUGCAAUCCAUUUCCUCAGAAGAAAAUUGAUUUGAAACGAUUAGAAUCGAUCCAUGAAAUCUACUGAACUAAUCGUACAAGGAAAUUUGUAUAAAUAUGAAGAUUGCGGUAUCGAAAGAUUACAGAAAAGAGAAAGAGAGAGAGAGAGAGAGUAAAAAAGAAACAGAUAGAGAAAGCAUUGUCUCCCUAUACGAAUAACAAGUUCUACCGUUUGUAUUCUAUCGAUACACUUCCAUUUUUCUAAAGGCACAAAUUUUAUAAAGAUCGAGGAAUAGCGCUGACAAAAAGAAAUCGAGCACGAGGUGAACGAAGUUCAGACACGCUGCGGAGUGUUGUUUCAACGUGGUACUUUAAUGUUAACUAGUAUCGCCGUUGCUAGUCAAAUAAAGAAAGAGAAAGAUAAUUUGUUCAUACAUCUCUUUCUAUUGUUUCCAAUUGUUAGUACAAUGUCUUAUCAUCUCAUCUGAGUUAAAAUUAAAUUGCGACAGUCUUUAUUUAGACAGCUGAAUUCCUAUGAGAUGGACCGAUAAAUAUCUUCAACUGUGUGAGAAACAAUGCGUACAAUUGAAAAUGAAAGUGAGUGGUGUAUGAAUACUUGUUUCUCUCAUUGUGUAUAAUCAGCACAAUAUCUAGUAUGCAUUCUUUCUAUAAGAAUGCGUUUGAUACGAAGCUCAGAGAAAAUAGAAAAGUGCUGGAGACGUUACUCGCAUAGAGGUCCCCAAGUGUAACUCAUACUUUUUGAUUAGCCUUUACACAAUAGUAAAGCUCCAAAUACUGAAGCUAAUGGUACUCGUUUUGGGGGACGCACGGUUAAUAUUUUUUGAAAUAUGUGACAUCAAAGUUACGUAACCGAUAUUACAUACAUAUAGAAUGUAACGACGUUUUUCCUCCAGCAGCCUGUGCCGAACAUUUACAUUAAAUAUCUUAAAGAUCAUUAACUGCCUGACCUCAAAAGCAGGUACCAUUAGCUUCAGUAUUUAAAGCUCUACUAUUGUGCAAAGGCUGGUGGAAACGUCAGAGUUACACUUGGGGAUUUCUCCUUGUGAGUGAGGUUCAAGAAAAUAUUGAGAAAAAUCUCUAAAUUAUGCAAGACGCAUAAAAUUAAAAAGAGUUACCACGUAUCUUAUGCAAAUAAUAUCUGUGUGUCAUUAUUACAUGCCAGUUCUAAUAAAACAUUGCCAAUUAUCUUUACUUUUGUACUUCUACUUAUACACAAACAAAACAAAGCUUAUAAUUAAUUGUAUGAUGGAAUUGGAGAGCUUGCGCUUGAUUCUGAUCAAAAAAUAUAGAUCUUAAUUUAUCGCGAUUAACAAAGGCAACGCGAACAAUGUAAAAUUAUUUGAGGGAUAGGACGAACCUAAUUCAAAGGAGAAUGCAUUAUUUUUUUAAAAGAAUUACAGUUGCAGAUAAUUAUACGUAAAUUUGGAACCAAGUAAUUAUUUUACCGUGUAGAGAACUAAGUAUAAUUUCUAGUCACGUGAAUGUCCGGGAUUUUUUAAUUGUUUACUUUGAUGCAUUGGAACAAAAGUUUUCAGUUAAUAGUUUCCAACAGUAUUAUUUGUAAUCAUAUUGAAAUGCGCUGGUGUCUGUGUACCACAUGUAUUAUAAAAUAGAACUUUACAUACAUUUUAUUGUGUAUUUUAUUACGAUGCAUUUUACAAACUAGAAGAGUGAUGCUCUCUAUUAAAAAAACAUGUAUUAAAUAACGAAAGAAUUUUUCAAUUUAUUUAUCAAUAUAAAAAUAGAUUUACUACAUUCCUAAUAUAAUAUAAUUUUUUAUAUAUACUUGACUUAUUUUUUAACGAUAUUACAAAACUGUUAAAUGUUAGUUUACAUAAUUCUUUCUUACAAAAAGCAGAGAUCAGAUGACAAAAGCCUUUCUAAAAAAUUAGUAUAAGAUCAACACAACUGCUGUUGCUCAGUGGCCAGCACAACACCUUUUCUUGCCUCCUUACAAUCGAAGCUUUAAGAUUUGCAAGUACAGAGCCUGAAGAAGAUGAAAUUGAUCCUUAAUCAGUGUGUAUUCUGCUGGAAGUUCAAUCAUCGUAACAUCUCAAUUUCCAGGUUCUAAUAUCAGCAGUUCUGACUUACAUUGCUGGGAACAGCUUAGGAAUAAUAGAAGAUAUACAUCAUGGGAUUGGAAAUUUUGAACAAGGCCAAUUGGGAUUGAAAAGUCCAUUCCUAGCAAUGAUUCUUGUCUUUGUAGUCGAAAGAGUUCAAGGACAUGGAUCUUGAAAUUCUGAAUGGAUUAGAACACAGGCACCAACAUGUUGAGCUGCUAUAACUUAGAAUAAAUUAAUUGACAAUGUCGUCGAGAAGUUGUUAUACUAGAAUGGACUCCUGGAUAUUACAGAAGGCAAGAGAAACAGGCAGAUCGAAUUGAUUAGUUUGUUUACAUAGUUGUAACGAUUACAAGACUUCCCAAGAGACUGUCAGAAAAUACUGUUGCAUUAAGGGUACAUCAGAUUGUAUUUUCUUAAUGUCCUCUUAAGUGCUACGAAUGAGAAGGCCACUGCUAAUUUUGUGACACUGUGUAUUAGUAUUCGUAUCCUGUUAGUGUUUGAUCCUGGAUUGUAUAUACAUAUAGGAGUGUACAAAAAAAGCAGAAGACAUUGAAGAGUAUUAAUUAUCCGUAGAGAUGUAUAAUAGAUAGAGAUUAGGAAAAACGAUCCGAGGGAAUGUUCGAAUAAACAAUGUUGAAUCCGGGUAUGUAUGAGUUUGAACGCGUGUGGUUCCAUGCAUAUGCGAGUAUACGUUUCCCACCCGACAGAGGAAUUACAUAUAUGUAUACAUACAUACUAGUCAUCAUCGUAUAUGUACACUGUAUGUAAGUAGCUCUAUUGUAUUGUUAGUCGCUAGUCAAAAAACAUUGUAUAGUAAAUUCUGAUUGGUACAAUUAUAUUAAACUGGUCAAAGUUGUAA